CAUACAUAUAAUCACGUCUAUAUAGACGUGGAUAUCCCUAAUGGGGCCAGACAGAGCCAACAGUCUUGAAAAGACUGAAAGGCUGUAUCCAGCUGCUUGGCUUAAGAUGGAAUUGAGAAUCGAAUAAUGACAGGUUGCUAGUCGAUUGUGUUCAAGGAGAAUCCCAAGUUUAUUAGUCUUUUCCUUAGUCGCCUUUUACCAAGUUCAUGGGAAAGAUAUGAAGUGGUUGUUGCGGGUCGAAGUGGCAGUAUAACCUGAUCGAGGUUCCUGUCUCCCCUAGCCUAACUUUCACUUAUAGGGAGUCCGGAAUUCUGCUCCAGUAGAAGUCCGCACCCUCUUUGGGAUGAGCUGUCAACCACUACGGACGUGGCUGUGAGGCCAACAAAGAAUCCUCGGAUGGUAGGUGGUGUAGUAAUGGGGUCAUCAACCUUCUUCCAAAAGCCUAUGUCUAAAUUCCACUGAUCAUUGGAUUGUCAAUAAAUCUACUAUAUGUGGGAUCAUUGACCUCACUUACUAAGUGUCUAUGCAAAGUUAUUCACUAUAUGAUCACUGUAUAAUGAGUCUCUCUCUCUAGUUAAAGUCUAUGUCACUGGAUAAUGUCUGGAAUACUUACAGUUUUCAAGUCCAAUCACUGAAAUCCAAUAGCACUUUCACUAAUUGGAAUACCUACUCACUAUCACAGUGUCUUAUUGGAAUCCACUUAACUAAAUGAUGAAGAAUUAAAAACAAUUUAAGUUUGUCCGUCCACUAACUAUGCACAACACCUUAAACUGAUUUCCUAACACUAUUUCACUAUUCCGACCUAAUUUUUCUUGAGGACUUGGGGUCUUCUUUCUUGAUUUUUACUUUAAACUGGAACAAUUGAACUACUACGCCCUCUGUCGGCGAUUUUACUAUUGUAAGUCGGAGUAAUACCCUAACAAGAACCUCAAAUUUUGUAACGAUUUCUGGUGUUGUGCAUAGCUUCGCUUAGGUGCUAUUUAUUAAAUUUUCUCAGUUUUACAACAUACACUCAUGACAAUUUCCAUUUUCCAUACAUAUAUCACAAGUUCUUUUUCACAGAGAAUUUGACAAAAGUUUGUCUUCAAUCUAGGAUUUCGGCAAAAUUUCCUGUCAACUUUUAAGAUUUCUCGAAUUAUACAAUAAAUAACUAAUAAGUUUUAAGUUAUACAAAAAUAAAUAUUUAUACUUUCUAAAUACAAUAGUUUUGUUUCUAUAAAUAACAUACUUUUCGAGAAAUUAACUUAUAUUUGUUGACAUCAAAAAACAUGAUCCAAUUAUCGACUUCGCGUAAUUGACUUUUAUAAAAAUAACGUUAUCACUUAUCUAUGACGGUCUGCGUUAUUGUCUAUCAACUUGGUUUCAUAAAUAACAAUAAUAAUAUCCAAAUUAUGUCUCUAAAGUGCUUAUUCGCUUUCUAGUGUACUACCUAAUACGCUCGACAGUCGUAGUGGGGGUAUUGUUUGAUCUUGCUUCUUUUGUUUUAUGACAAUAUGACAAUGCUUAAUCUAGUGUGUCGCUAACAGUGGUCUUAUUUUAAGACAAGUGCAGGGACCUACAUGGAAAUAAUGUUGUUUACGCCAUUUGCACUUUGGUUCAAGUUCACUUAAAUUAACACUAUAAUAAUGAUUUGAACAAAAGAAACUCUUGAACAACUUCUUACAAAGAGUCUGAAAAGAGAAGAGUGAGACACUGCAGUCAAAAGGAUUCUUACUCUGAAGGCCUAACUACCAGUAGCUUGAAUCUGAUUCCGCUUCUGGUAGAUAACUAAAUAAUUUUCUUACAAUGUGUUUAUUUUUUUUUAAAUAUUAUAAAAUUGUAAUUAAAGAAAUUCAAAUAAUAGGAUUUGAGUGUAUACACAGUGAAUGUGAUCAAGGUAUUGUGCCAAGAUUUCUCACAGAAAUAUUUCACAAACUAAACCAGAUGCCGGAAAGAGAGUUCAUACUUCACAUCACAUGGAUGCAAGUUGUCAAUAACAACAUAUUUGAUGUUCUCGGAGCUGGUUUGGUUCGGUGUUGUAAUUUAGAAGAGGCUUUCCAAUAUCUGCAGUUAGGUUGGAGACAAAGAUGCCAUGGUAAUAACCAUACAGUAUUUACUGUUAGUAUGGAACAGAAAUGGGUUGGCACAAAUGGAGUUCUAAACCACAGGAUGUCAACAGCCAGUUUUUGUGAUUUAGCUGCAUAUCCAGAUCCAGGACUCUUUGCUCUGGAGAAUAUUAUCAAGGAACUUUUAUCAGGUAAUCCACCCAAGCAAAUAAACUAUGACCAGUGCAUAUUAACUGCGAUGCUUCGAGACUCAUUUGGUGGGCGAGCAUUCACAUGGGUUAUUGGCUGCAUAAGUACAGAACCUGAAGUCUAUCAAGACACAUUGAAAAUAUUGAAUUUGUGUCUAUGCUGUAGAGGCAUAAAGAACUUUGUCACAGUAAACCUGUUUGCAGAUAAUAACACUCCUGUCUACACAGAAAAAUCUCUGAUUCAACCCACAGAUAACAAUUUCAAUUUACAAUUUGCUACAGCACAAUGGAUUAAGCUUGUUUCAAAUGCUGAAGGUCUUUUCAAUAGAAUUUUGCAAUCAAAAUCGAUAAGUGAAGCUGACAUAAAUCAAGUUAGUGAGUGGCUUUUCUUAAAGGCGGAAUGUGAUGAAUGUUUAAAUGGUGAUGUUGCAACUGACAAUAAAGAUGUCAGUUCAAAACAAGGCCUGCCAAGAAUAGCUGAAGAUACAGAACCAAGUGAACCCAGUGAGUCAGACGUCGAGUCAGAUUCAGAGGAAGACAGUAAUUCUGAUACAGUUUUCCAAGAUAAACUGGAGAAAUUUAUGGAUUACUUCAGAGAAAAAAAUGAUCAGUUAUUUGCAGAGAGGUGUGAAGAGUAUCUAAAUCAUAUUGAUUCUGAUGAUGUCACACUGUCAGAAAUAAGUGGGUCUCAGUCUUUGCCAGUCAUGACCUCACAGUCAAACUCUGGUCGUAGGAGGACCAUUCAGCCUGGAGAAAGUCUUUCUGGAGCAGAGUUGGAAUUACUCAGAAAAGUAGCUGCAAAAGCUAUCUCUCCUGAAUCUCAGAAAAUAAUUUUGGAAUCUCACAAAAAAGAUGUUGAUCCAGAGCCUAAACUGAUCGAAAGAGAAUUGUUGAAAAUGAUUGAUUCACCUAAAAUGGAUGAAAUAUGCAAAAAGUACAAAGUCACCAAGGAAAAAUAUACUCAAAAACAAAUUUUAGCAAGAAAACUGACAAAAGAAAUAAGCAGCAGCCAAUCACAGCUCAAAGAACUGAUAAAUCUCUGCAUAGCUAAAGAAAGAUUGAUCCAUGACAUGACAAAAUCUGCAAGUCAUAAUACUCACAACAAAUAUUUAGAUAAGGUAGAAAAUAGUUUUGAUCAUGAUAUUCUUAAAGAAAUAAGGAGACAUGAGACAAAUCUCAAAACAUAUAAGAAGCAGAUAGAACAAAUAAAGAGACAGAUUCGGAAAGAUGAGAAACGAAAAAAUACACUAGAUAUAGAGCUUGUUAAGGAUAAAUUGAAACUUGAUGAGCUCUCAGAAAGCUCAGUUGACUUAAAAAAUGUUAAAACAAAUACUCUGAAACAUUUUACAAAUAGAAUAACACAAUUGGAUAGUAUUUUGAAAGAGAAGACCAAUGAUUUAGAAAGCUUAGAGUUAUCAAAAGAGAAAGAGUUAAUGUUAAGGAAGGAAAUUAAAAAUCUAAGGAAAACUAGGGAAUGCUUACAUGAACAAAGAUGUAGUCUUGGACAUAAGAGGAAAAUUUACAAAUCUUUGUCAGAUUCUGAGGAAAGAAAGUUACUUGAAUGUGAAGAGGCUAUAGAAGCAAUAGACACGGCAAUAGAGUAUAAGAAUAAUCUCAUUUGUGGAAGGUCUCCAUCUGCUUCGUUGUCAGACUCACAAGACAACAGGGACUCGAGAACUCGAGGGGAGCAAAUGUUGAUGGCCAGACUUGACAAAUUAUCACAUGAAGAAAUGAAAACUCUGCUUUAUAAAUACUUCCAAAAGGUGGUAGAUCUCCGUGGCGCCUGCGCAGCGUUGGAAGCUGGCGCCGCGGCGGCCAGCGAGGAGGCGGCCGCGUGGCGCGCGCGGGCCGCCGCUGCUUGGAGACAUGCGCAGAGGGCGAGGCAUCACACCCAAACCGCUAGACACUUCCAGUCGGUGCACAAGUACUUAGAUAACGGUAACCCAGAGCGCAUGCUGUCUCUCGGGUUGACCUCAGAUUCAGAAACCGACGUCGCGAUGCGAUUGGUCGACCGCAUGAAGCAGCUAGCUCGCUGUCCGUCGGUGCCCGUAAUACCUAGUCAAAAUUUACGGCAGCUAAUGCCAGCCACGAACCUGCCCGUCGCAAAAGUCACAAAGGAAAGGAACAAGUUGGUGAUAGUACAACAGAACAAAAAACACUGAUAUUUACAAUUCUU